AGCCUGUCAGAGAAGUAGCUCGAUUUCACAAACAGUUCAAGCAGUCCGGUGACUCAACCACGUUGUUCGCUCACUGUGUAAGCUAACGGAGGACACUCAGGCAGGUACGAGCAGCAGCAUGUCGGUCGACAGCGUGUUUAGGACCCGGUCUCUCGGUGUGGCCGCCGAGGGGCUUCCUGACCAGUACGCCGACGGCAAAGCAGCCAAAGUGUGGGAGCUGUACAUCGGAGACACGCAGAGCAGGACGCAGGAGUACAAGAGCUGGGUGGUGUCUCUGCUGAAGGAGCACGGGGUGCGGAGAGUGCUGGACGUAGCCUGCGGAACAGGAGUCGACUCUAUAAUGUUGGUGGAGGAGGGGUUCAAUAUGGUGAGCGUGGACGCCAGCGACAAAAUGCUCAAGUAUGCACUGAAGGCAAGAUGGGACAGAAGAAAAGAGCCAGCGUUCGACCAGUGGGUGAUUGAAGAGGCCAACUGGCUGACGUUAGCAGAAGACAUUAAGAAACCAGGACCUGGCUUUGAUGCUGUCAUCUGCCUCGGCAACUCAUUCGCCCAUUUACCAGACUUUAAAGGGGACCAGAGUGACCAGAAGUUGGCCCUCCAGAACAUUGCCAGUAUGGUCCGACGAGGUGGGAUCCUCAUCAUUGACCACCGUAACUACGACUACAUCCUGGAGACCGGCAAGGCGCCGCAGGGCAAAAACAUCUAUUACAAGAGCGACCUAACUCAGGACAUCUCCACCUCGGUGCUGUGGGUCAACAGUAAGCCUCAUAUGAUCACUCUGGACUACACCAUCCACGUGCCGCAGGCCGCCUUGCAGAAUCUUCCUGAAGUCAGUAAAUUCCGUCUGUCCUACUACCCUCACCGCCUGGAGAGCUUCAAAGGGUUGCUGAACGAGGCCUUCCACGGCAAAUUGGAGCACAGCGUCUACGGAGAUUUCCAGACGUACGUACCGGGCCAGAGCCAGGCCCCCUGCUACUUCAUCCACGUCUGUAAGAAGACAGCCUAAGGGAACCGCACAGAUCUACCUUGAUGCACACCCUCAAGAGAAUCGCUCUGUUUAAGUCCCUAAAUGCUCUUACAGUCCUCCAGGUUUGGGCAAAAUUCUAUUUGAAUAUGUUUUUAAAAUGUUUUAUCUUAAAUUGCCUCCAAAAUAUAAAGCAGCAGUUUGAUUUGUGGUCUUUAAUAGACACUAAAAUCAUCCCUCAGUGGCCCCUGAUAAUAUAUGACUAUACCCAAAGAGAGAAGCAGUUAAAAUAAGAUUUUCAUUUGUAGAGUUAUACAUUCUGAAAUGCUUUCAAUGAAAAAGAUGAAAAACAAGCCUCAGUGGCUGAACUGUUGGAUGAUAUUGAUCUCUUUGUUCUUAAAGCAUACGUUUGUUCUUUGAAUAGGUCAAACCUACCAGCAUGUACCAAGUGAUCAUUGGGGUUUUUUUUAAAGAUAUAUUCAAAACGUAUCGGACCACUGUUUUGCCCACAUCUGGUCAUUUCCCUCAAAGUGCUGUGCGCUGCGUUUCCCACCGUUCCUCCUCGCUUUCAGAACUUUUGAACACAUUUCAAAAAAUGGUGCUGCACAUGAGUGAUGUUCCUCGUGAUGGAAGACCUGCUAUCUGUCAUGUACAAAGGUAUAUUCUUGAUAAUUUUGUUUUGUAAGUUUACCACAUGCGUCUUAAAAACACAGAUGAAGCUCCUGUGGCCUUGUAGCCGUUAUGUUUUAUGUGUUUUCAAGCUGAAAGUAGAGCUGAUCUCAUUCUGGCCUUUCUUUAAUUGUUGAAGUCAAACUUUGACGGGCGCAGCAGUUUGCAUAUUUCACUUCAUCAGCCUCACUUUUAUGAGGCCUGCCCCCUCUCCCCCUCCCGCACUUCAAUUUGUUUAAUGAAAAUCUUGCACAGGCUGUGAUUUAAAUAAAACCCAGAGAACAGCUAGCGUAGACUGUGAAUCACCCCGACUCCUUCAGAGGCCUGAUUAACCUGCUGGACUGAACAAGAAGCACUUACCUGCUCGUCACAUCAAGAGUCCUUCACCUUGAAGUGUCCUUGACCAGCUCACUCAACCCCUAUCAGCUCCAGAGCUAAGUGACCUCUGACCUCACUGCAGCUCGGGAACAAACAAAGAGAUUUUCCAGUAAGGACUCGUCAGAGCUUCUCAUAACUGAACUAACUUUGCCUUUACUGUCAUAAUUGAAGCUUUGUUUCACUGAGUGCUGUUUUCUCUUAUUUUGCGGUACAAAUACGUUUACUUUUGUCUGAGCCAACAGACAGCCUUUAAAUUUAGUUGUGAUUACUACUAAUGAACCUACAUCAGGCCAGAAAUGAGCCAACAUAGAGUGUGUGAAAAUAGAAACUCACCAUUUUAGAAAAGAAAUCAAAAAGCCAGAGACUCUACACGAGGUUUAGCAAACCAAAAAGUUGCGAGUGGUGUUGAGUAAACACUUAAUACCCAGCUCUUCUUAAGAAAUGUGUUAUCAACCAAAGAUGUUUUAAAAGUGUUUUUCUUGGAUGAGAAUUUUGAAAAGAAGGAGAACCUUGAGUGUUUUACAUUUGUGCUGCACGGUGCACACUGUGCACUGUCUCAAAUAAUUGAGUUUACCCAAAUAAUGAGAGGAACACGACGGAAGAAUAAUUUACUUUGCUGUAUUAUCCGCGUCCAAAUACAUCUUGCUUUGAUGCCAAAUUAAAAAUGUAGUUUUCACUUGAAUGAGAAAGGAGCUCUACCGCAGAGUACUCAAAUAUUAUCACUGUCUCUGCUGUUUGCCUAAACAGGACGGCGUGGCGCAUUCAAAUGUUGUGCCAGUGCAGCUUGUAGAACAAAACGUACGGUACGAGAUGGCUUGUGAUUAAUUUGAGAUCAGUAGGUUCGGAGUGGUAAGAAUGACUGAAUGUUGGAGUGCGUUUGGAAAUGAUUUCAGAACAAUCAUAUUAUGUUGCCAGUUCUUUUAAGAAAAAGUGUGAAACAUUUUAUAAAGUUUACUGCAGAUAUGAUUAUUGAAAUUCUUUUGCAUGAAAUAAAGAUAUUUGAAAUAA